AUGGCUUCCGCUGUCGCGUUCCAGUCUGGCGUGCUCCAAUGCAAAGGCCUCACGCCUCUUCCGCUCGCUUCUAAGAAGCAGCAGUCCCUCUCCAGCACAGCGAGGAUCGCCGCAAACACCCAAUUAAGAUCUCACAUCUCUCCUUCCUCAUCCAGCGCUGCCGUCUUCCCUCGUCCAUCCCGCGUGUGCGCUUCCGCCGGCAGAAGUAACGAUGCAGUCACGUCCUCAGCGUCCGCCGCCGAGGCAGUCCCAUCGGUUCAACAGCUAACCAAGCUGACGGAAUCCGUCACGGAAGCCGUCAAGGCUGCCGUCAAGCCCAUCCUCGCAGCCGCGCUUAUCGCCUCCGUCCUCACAGGCACGCCGAACGACGCGCUUGCCGCGCAGGGCGGAGGCCGCGUCGGCGGAAGCUCGUUCUCCGCCUCGCGCGCAAACACCUACGCGCCUCCCGCCGCCACCUACGCCGCGCCGCCGGUCGUCAUCGCGCCCGUGACACCGUUCUUCAUGCCGACACCGUUCUUCUUCGGCCCGACGAUCUCGCUGGGCGGCGGAGGCGGCGUGUUCGGGUUCCUGUUUCUCGCGAUCGCCGUGUACUUCAUCGCGCAGACCGUGAUGGGGUUCCUCGCGGACUCUGCGGAGGAGGAGGUGUGGGCUGAGACGCAACGCAGCAGCGUGGUUCGCCUUCAGGUGGGCCUUCUGGGCACGGCGAGGAAGCUCCAGCGCGACCUCGACCAGAUGGCGUCGCGCGCCGACACCGGCUCGCAGGAGGGCCUGCACUCCAUCCUGCAAGAGACCGUCCUUGCUCUGCUGCGUAACCCCGACUACUGCAUCUAUGGCUUCUCCACGUCGGAGACGGCCAAUGACUCAUACGGCGGGGAGGCGGCGUUCAACAGGCUGAGCAUGGGCGAGCGCAGCAAGUUCAAGGAGGAGACGCUCGUCAACGUUGGCGACGUGCGGAGACGGUCCGAGCGCGAGCCCAGCGAGCAGCGCAUGAACAGCGAAUACAUUGUGGUCACCAUUCUGGCAGCCACAGAGGGAACUUUUGUGCUGCCCGAGGUGAAAUCUAAUGCUGACCUGAGAGAGGCUCUCACCAUCCUAGGUUCCAUCCCGGCCGACGAGCUCCAGGCUGUGGAGGUGCUGUGGACGCCGCAAAACGAGGAGGACACGCUCACAACGCGCGACAUGCUCGAGGACUAUCCCUCGCUGGGGCCUCUGUAG